UUCUGAUUUGCUAAAAUACCAGGCCAAACAAACAUGGCGCUAUUCAAUUUGUGCCAUGAAUUUUUCUUGAUGCGCAUUCCAGUGUAUAUAGAGUUCAGUGAUUAUAAUACACACGUAUACAUCUAAACUCCAAUGACAAAUCUUUCCAAUUACGGAGCAACCUAGCCAGCGAAUGGCGUAUGGACUAACCCUCAUGGUCCAAGUGCCAUAAGUGCACCAAGCAAGACCAUAACCCAUGUGACUGGAGAUUGCAACUGAAAAGUUGCAGAUUAACAAUUGAUCUCAAUGACAAUCGUCAUUGGCAACAAUAGAAAUUGAUUAAUGAGCGAGAGCAAUCUCAAAAAACGCAUUUACAUCAGGAACUAUUCUGACGUAUAAAUUAUCUUCUCCAUUGAAUUAUUACCAAUAUUAUGCGUUUGAUUUCACAUACUCUGUAGCACAAACGCUUUAUUGUAUUGUUUUAAGUAAUAUUGGACAAAAAAUAUAUAUAUCAAAAAAAUCUCACAAUCACUUACGAAAAGAAAAACGAAAGUCUUGUGUAACAUCAAGUUUGCAAAUUGCACUACAAUUUUAUUUUAACGCAUCCUUUUAUAACUUCUGCAAAGAAAAGUGAAAAUGUGUUGGAAAAGCAGAGGAAAAAAAGAAUGUUAGUGCGUUAACAAAAAGAUGCAAUGUUUGAGAAUAGGAUGGUCUUGCAAAAAGUUAGCUACGACUUCGCUAAAAGUUUCCGACAUGUCAGAAAAAGCGAACCUCGAGGCAAUAAGACUUUUCGACGACUUUAUGCGGCACUACCACGACUCACACCGCAAGAGGUCACAAGUGUGUUGCAAGCCAAUGAAUAUACCAAAGAAUUUUCUAGCACAGGUUCAGUAAAAUAUUAUGAUUCAAAUCAGUUGGCAUCCAAUAAUCCUAUAGAGGACACACGAUCAGAAGCUCAGUGUUUGCUUACUAAAGGUAUAUUAUUGGGAGUUUUUGAUGGUCAUGGUGGUGGUGCGUGUGCACAAGUAGUAUCAAAAAGACUGUUUCACUAUAUAUCAGCAUGUUUGUUGCCACCAAAAAUACUACAAGAAUAUUUGACUGCAGUUCAAUCUGAUAAGAAGUUAGAAUUAGUUCAAACCUUCAAUGAUAAAGUAGAGUUUGUAGCUGAGAUCAAAGAUCUCUAUCAAGCUAGUUUUUUAAAUUUCAUAAAAGACUUAGUGCAAUCAGAGGAUACUGGAAAGGAGUUUCAAAUGGAAAAAGCUUUAGAAAAUGCAUUUCUUAGAUUGGAUAAUGACUUAUCAAAUGAAGCUCUAUUGCAACUGAAUAGAAAAGAUGCUGCAAGAACUCUUGCUGUCGCAAUGUCGGGUACAGUGGCUGCUGUGGCACAUAUAGAUGGCCCUCAUCUUCACGUUGCUGGUGUUGGUGACUGUAAAGCUGUAUUGGGAGUGCUUUCUGAAAAUGAUGGGUGGUCUGCCAAGAUAAUGACAGUGGAACACAAUGCUGAUAAUCGUGCAGAAGUAGAGAGAAUCUUAUUGGAACAUCCGCCAAAUGAGAGAUCGACUGUGAUUAAAAUGGAGAGAUUACUCGGACAAUUGGCGCCGCUUCGAUCGCUUGGUGAUUUUCGGUACAAAUGGAGUAAAGACAUCAUGAAAAGAGUCGUAGUACCAUUUCUUGGCGAGACGGCAAUUCCUCCAAAUUAUCACUCACCGCCGUACCUGACGGCCAAUCCUGAAGUCAGAUAUCACAGACUAACACCUAGAGACAAGUUUCUUAUAAUAGGUAGUGAUGGAUUGUGGGAUCUUAUUUCGCCGUUGCAAGCUGUACGCUUGGUAGGUGAACAUAUGAGCGGCAAAGUUACCCUCAGCCCGCUGAGAUUACCUCGUAAGAAUAUGAAACUGUCAGACAUAAAUGAGAUGUUGCUGCAACGUAAAGAAGGUCUGAAGAAGAAACCUUUAGACAACAACGCGGCAACACAUUUGUUAAGGAAUGCUCUAGGUGGCACGGAAUACGGAAUAGAUCACGCAAAGUUGUCGCAAUUAUUGACUCUGCCAACCGAAGUGGUGCGAAUAUUUCGCGACGACAUCACUGUAACAGUCGUGUACAUGGAUUCGGAAUUUCUAAGACACUGUCCUUCCUGAAGCGGUACCUCAUGAGACUUAUUACUUUUCAAUACGGCUGCAAAAUUUAUCUAUUUGUAUAUCAGUACACAGCUUGUUAUUUAUUUAAUUAACAAUAAAAACAAUUUACAUGUGGAAAACAGAGUCCAAGAUAUAUCAGUAAUAUAUAUAUAUAUAUAUAUAUACAUAUAUACAUGUGUAUAUAUAUAUGUAUAUAUGUGUAUAU